AGCAAUACGAAGAAUCUGAUAUAUCGGCUGUUACUUCAGCGACAACGCUAAGUGGCGGCGAGGAAGAUCACAGCAAAUCUGACUUCAUGCAAUCUCCAGAGCAGAGAUCCUUAGUUACCGUUACUGUUUUUCCAGUACAGACACAACAGCACUCCAAAUUCGCGCAGACCCAAAAUGUUGCAACGACAACCACAACCGCAGGCAAUGAUGUUUUGCGCGUGAAUGCUGGCGCGGAAUCUGUCACUGCAACACCAGCCGGCAAUUACGCAGAUACACCUGCAGCUGCAACGGCCACAUCCGCUACGAAUACGCAGUUAAAGAGCAGCAAAUCGAAUACAUCAGCCAGCUCAGCGGCGGUUUCCAUACCCAUUGGAGGUGCACCAACAACCAUUACUACCAGCAGCAAGACAACUACACAAAAAACUUCACCCAUCACUUCGGGUGCCUCGUCAUCAGCCACCUCGACCCCCACACAUCAUUCAUAUGCACAACCACAACAAAUGCUGCGGCAGCAGUAUCAACACCAACAACAACAGCAGCAGCAGCAAAGAAAAACCAGCAUCAAUGUGCAUACAGCUGGCGGCGCAAUGACUGCAUCCAUUAGUACUAGUAGUAGUGGUGGUGGUGGUGGUGGUGCGAGCGCAGUUAGUUCCCUACCAAUGAAGCAGAGCGGCGCUGCUGCAAAUACGAAAAAGGGUCGCAAAGCCUCGAAGCGCGCCAAGGAAAGCCAAAAGAAGCUCCAUAAGCAAAGUGAAGUUAGUAGCCAACGCUUCAAUGCUGCAUCGCUAAGCAGCAGUAACAAUAACAAUAGUAUUAGUAAUAAUAGUGGCAGCAACAGCAACAACAACAACAAAAGUAUAUUAACCAAUGCCAAUACAAAUAAUAAUCUUAACAAUAAUUUAGAAACUAAAAAUUUGACAACUACAACUACAACUACAACGGCAACAUCAAGCAACAUCCUGACUGAUAUAAAUAAUGCAAAUAGUUCUAACGAUAGUGGUAUUUUAAGAGAAACGACAACAACUUCAACAGCGAAUUUAAGACAACAACAACAACAGCAGCAGCAACAACAGCAACAGCAACAGCAACAUCCACAUCAAUCAGCAUUGCAACAACGUAGCGGCAGCGUGACAAAAAGUGGGAGCUUGACAGGCGGCUUGACGACGAAAACGAACACAAAAAGUGAUUUCCUCACGGACAUUCAUCAAGCGACCGAUCGCACUUCACACUUGCACACUUCGCCGCAACUGCAGCAACUACUGUCGCAGCCAACAAAGCACCUGAAGACUCAGGAAAUCGUUGCACAAUUCUUGCAAUCAUCGUCAGAACAGCAAUUGCAAUUUCUAAACAGUUCUUCGUCCGCUUGUGAAGAUGAGGAAGAAAUGUGCGCUCGAUUACAAAUGCGGAUGCAACAAGAUGCUGCUGAGGCCGCAAGCAGUAUGCAAGAUGUUAAAUUUGGCGAUUUCGCUGAGGUCAAAGAUUGUCAAGGCACGGCGUCGUCAUCGUCGUCGACCCCGACCCCGGUGCUACCACAACAACAGCAGCAACAACCACUACAAAGGCGACAAUCUACAAAGUCCAAUUCACCCCACAAGGAAAUUAAUAAAAAUAAAAGCGCCACGACGAAAGACACUGUAGAUUGCACCCAGAAUGUCAGCACGGCAACGCUUACCAAAACCAGUAGCGCGUCCAGCAUCCGUGAUGGUCAAAAAACUGCUACUGUAAGCACUGCCAAUAGUGCAGCUACUACUGCAGCCUCUCCCGACAGUGCUGUGGGGCCGCCAAAACCGCGCAAAUACUCGCUGGAUGAGCUAAAGGCGCUUUCGAAAUCCAGCGAGGCGCGCAAGCCGCCCAUGGUAUCGUGUCAGCGCGGUGACUGCAUUUCACAGCUAUUCGUUUCGCGUCAGCAGCAUCAUCACCUGACGCAUCACGCGCACAACAUGUCCUCACUGGCACUACAUCAGCAUCUGCAGCAGCAACAAUACCAACACAUGAAUUUCAAUGAGUCAAUGGAAUUGGUGAGCGGCAAGCGUGGACGCAGCGCACAAACGAAGAAACAUCACGAGCAUCAGGCUGGCGGAGGUGGUGCUGUGAGUGGCGUACUAAGUGUUGCGGCUGCAGCCGGCGCAGUGGGCCAGGGCGGAAUCGGCGGUGCCGCUGGCGUGAUGAGCGCGCAGCAACAACGGAAAGUCGACUUUAUACGUGUGCAGUUGUCGCUGAAGGAGGAGAUAAAGCUGUCGGAGUGUGAGAAUGCUUGGCAGCCGGAAACAUUACGCAGCAAAUCGAAUAAUGUUUCGCCUUCGGGCGCCAACGAUGACAUCGACGCUGUGUUGAAGAGAGUGCGCGGCGUACUGAACAAGUUGACACCUGACAACUUCGAUGUAUUACUCAAGUCGAUGACCAGCAUCUCGAUGAAUACACAGGAGAAAAUGCAACAAGUGAUGCUAUUGAUUUUCGAAAAAACCGUGAGCGAACCGAAUUUCGCCCCUACAUACGCCAAGUUUUGCAAAGUGCUUUUCCAAGAAAUCAAAGCGGAGAGCAAAUCACUUUUCUCUAGUUCGCUAAUCAACCGCAUUCAGACUGAGUUCGAGACAAAUGUAAACGAUGCAAAUGCGAAGAAAUUGAAGCUGCAACCGCUGGUCGAUAAGUUGGAGAGUUGCGUCGACUCCAAAGAGCGGCUGGAACUGCAGGCCGAACUGGAAGACCAAGAAUAUCAGUUUCGACGUCGUGCUUGGGGCACGGUUCGCUUCAUUGGUGAAAUGUUUAAACUACAAUCGUUAACCAACGACCGUGUAUUCUUGUGCAUCGAAUCCCUACUGGAGCAUGGCUCCGAGGAGAAGCUGGAGUACAUGUGCAAACUACUGACCACAGUCGGGCAUCUAUUGGAAUCUCCGGAGCACACAAGCAAUGCUCGAAUGGAUAAAAUCUUUCGUAGAAUACAUGAAAUUAUACACAAAUCGCGCAGCAAUAAAUCAGGCGGCCACUUCAAGAUCAGCAGCCGUGUGCGUUUCAUGAUGCAGGAUGUUAUGGACUUGCGUGCGCGCACCUGGGAUCAUCCGCAGGCUCAGCCACAACAGCAGCACCAGCAACAAAUGCUGCCUCAGCAGCAGCUACAGCAAUCAUCCCAGCGACGCUCAGCGAUUAGUGCGAAGCAGGAUGACAAAAUACAGGCAGGAGUCGGCAGCAGCAUGUACGAGAAGAACAAUCGGCUGGGCAACUAUGGCGGAGGUGGGGGCAGCGUCGGUGGCGGCGGCAAUCAGGGUAAUCAACGGCACCAUUAUACGAAAUCGCAUAAGUCACAGCAGUUCAUGCAUCCACAUGAACAACAAAAUGUUAAUAUUGACGUCAACAAACUGAAUUUUGCUAGGGACGAGGUAACGCAAAGCACAACAAAACUCGGCAGCCCCGGACUCUACCUCUGGCGCACCAAUCAGCCAGCUAGUUCUUUAAAAAUGAACACCAGCGGCGCGAACACUGCGGCAAACAGCGGCGGAUUUAAGCGACAGUCCUCUAUGAUUGGCGCCACAACAGGCAUGUCUACAGUGUCGGCCAUGGCCAACAAUCCUUUUCAAGCGCUCGAUAGGCAAGAAAAAUCAAAUGACUUGCCGAUGGAUGCGUCCUCGCCACAAGAGCAGCAAAAAGGUACACAGUUUUCAAUGGAACACGCUGACUUGCCAGAUUUUAGCAAGAAAGAAUGUCAAAAACUGCUUAAUCAGCUGAUCGAAGAGCUGCUCGCCGCUGUCAGCAGUCACAGCAGCAACGGCUGGCAACAGGAGACAGUCAACGAGUGGAAUAGUCUCAAUACGCGCCAACAAAAGUCAUUGCUCAACUACCUACUUAGCGACUACCUAUACUUGCAGACAGUGAAGCGCGCGCAUCGCAAAGCCUGCGCGGCUAUAUUCGUGCACCUGAUGCGUACCAAAAUGUGUGGGCCACAAAUAUUUACGGAAGUGUACACGGAAUUGGCCGACGAGCUGCGCGAACUGCUAAUUGACGUACCGAAUCUGUGGACGUAUGUAUUUGAAUUUAUAGGACCGCUGCUGCAUGAGCAACUUUUGCAUUUCGACGACAUUUGGCUGCCACAAUGGGCGGCCGAUAGCAAAUUCACAAAACGAUUUCUCCAUGCGCUCAUCACUUACUUCACCAGCGAAUUUGGCACAACGUACACGCGUGAGCUAUGGAACAAGGAAUUCAAACUGGAUCAUGGACAGCAAUUCAUUAGCGAUGCCGCACAAUGGCAAGCAUUUGUCAACUUAAACCACUUCCAGUACAUACACGAUCGUAACUACAAGCCACCACAGAGAGAAAAGUCAACGUCGACGUAUCCCGCUGCCAUAGCGGAACAAGUGACGCGCAUUGAGUAUUUGCUGAAUACGAUCAAUGGCUGCGACCUAGCCAUUGACUACAUAAAUACGAAUGUGCACAUAAAUACGCAUUUUAUACGCAGCCUUACAAAAUUUCUCUGCUGUGAUUACGCAACUGUGAUGCCGGCGACGACGACGGCGCCGACGCAAACUGUUAAAAGUAGUAGAGAACUAGACUCCGAACUCUUUCGACACAAAUGCAUACCGCUACUGAGACGUUGCCUAGACGGCCUCGAAACGCAUGAGGUGGCCUGCCUCGACGCCAUUGUCGACGCCAUGCAGAAGGUUUAUGAAACGCCAACUGCCAAUCAGCUCAUUUGUAGCAUAUUCGAUCUAAUCUACGACAGUGAAGUCAUUCCGAAAGAGUCCUUCGACAAGUGGUAUCGAGCGGUACAGGCCAGUGACUGUGUGACUGAUAGUAAAGACGCGGGUAUGACGAAAGCGUCAACAACAAAAAAGGUGUCAGCGACGCUGGCGGUUUCAUCCUCUUCUAGCAGAGGUAGCAGCGGUGCUGCGCGCCUUAAUGAAUACUUACAUGCGUACAUGGAAAAGCUGCUUUAGCGCCGUAGGCACAGUUAGCAGCAGUACUGUAGUGGCGGUGGUGGAAUUGGCGUUGGCGGCAUGGCUAAGAAACAACUAAAUUACGCCCAGCCACUAUUCCAGUGAGAGGGAGAGAAGUGAAAGUGAGAAGAGGAACUAUAAUGAAAUUUCGUACUGAGUGCUGUGCCCAUGAAUUGCCGCCGCUAGCGUGGCCUCUCACCCCCAUACAAAAAUAAUGAAAAACACAAACCGAUUUAGCACUGUAUAUAUGAAAAUUGCAUAAUUUUUAGCUGCGUGAAAGGGAACUACUAACAAAGGAAAAAACAAAAAUAAUAGCAAAACUAAUA